ACACUAGUUUUUUAAAAAGUUUCUUUCGUUUUGGGUUUUGACGUUUUCUUUGUUUACAAAAAAAGUGCACCAAAUUCACAAAUUUCAUAAUUUGCUACUUAUUUUGGAUUGCUAUUUUUGUUAACAUACGAGAUUUAUUACUGCGGUAGAUAAUGUCAGAUCGUGCUUCACGCCCUCAUUUAAUGGACCAACAAGUGAUAUCUUAUUCUGAUAAAAGCACACAAAUAAAGGAUGUUGACUUUAUAACUGAUAAAGACCAAGAAGUAGGCUGCAGUAUAUGUUUUAAAGCAUUUAUGGGGACAGCGGCGCUCAACAACCAUGCAAAGAUUGAACACUAUGAUGUGUUUGAAAACGGUGACUCUGAUUCGUGGACAUGUAGCAUCAGUGAGAUUAAUAGGAUUCGUAAAGGAACAAGGGAUAGAGGUCCUAGAGAUAAGAUAUUAGAUGAUAAAGAAGCAACGUAUUUCUCAAAGGAAGAAGUAAUAUCAGCUAUGUCCCCUGGUAAAUUAACAGCUUUAGUACCAGAGAAUGUCCAAUAUAUCAUAAUGAAGGACGUAGACGAUGAUCAUUUUGUUAAUAUGAAGAGGAAAAGGAGGAUAUUGGAGUUUUCACCAAACAAGUCUUCAUCUGUUGAUGAUCCCGAUGAAGAUGGUCUAGAAAAAAACAAUGAUGAAAUUGCCCAUUGUGAUGAGUGUGGUAGUGUUUUCUCUAAUCGUUAUACACUGAAGAAUCACAAGAAAGCAAAACAUUUUCUAGACGAGGAGAGAAUAAAUCUAAUGUGUGAAAUAUGUGGAAAGAUAUGUGCGGUGUCCAUGGGCGACGGUAAUCACUUACCAUCAGGUGAUCCGUCUGAUCAUCUGCCCCCUAUCACAUAAAAAAAAGAAAAAAAUCAAGAAAGUACCGUAGCGACAUCUAGUUUGAUUUCGGGAACUAAUUUUUUUUUUAAAUACUUCCUCAUUAGUCAAAUACCUUAGACUUACUGAUAGAUAUUGUUAAUAUUUUAAGUUCAUUUUACUGUGGUAAAAUUGGUAAGAUGCAUCUGUGCGAGCGCAAUAGAGAUAUGGUGAGGCUUGUACUUUGGACUAGUGAAUUUAAACACGGUAUGCAACUUUAAAUUGGUGUAUAUAUAUUGCUUCAUAUAUCUUCGAUAUUAUUUUAAAAAUAAGGUAACGUGUUUGCUCGGCGG